AUGAGCAACGAUCUAUUGGCAAAUUUAAAUGCUUUUAAAAGCAAAAUCAAGACAGCUCCUGUGAUUUCAACAAGAAAGGUUGUCAAUCAGGAGCCGGCAGUUAAUAAUAGUGGGUUGGAAGGCAUUAAGCCAGUUAAAAGAGAAGAUUCAAAGGAUUAUGAUGAUAAGCAAGAUCAGGCACAACAAUCAUCUACUAAGAAGCUAAAACUAGGGAGUGUGCCGCUGCAGAAGUCAGCCAGCCCAGCUGGUAGCGACAGUGGUCGAUUGGAUUCGACGCAUCUUUCUACGAAGAUGCUUAUAGCCACAGAAUAUAUUCAAGAAAGAGCGGAGCCGGUUCCAAUAGAUCAAAUUGAGUCGUAUUUAUCGUUACCCAAGGGCAACACUGUGAUUCCGAUGCUUAAAGGCCUAGCUAAAUUCAAGUUUGAUCCCAAGAAAGACACAUUGCAAUAUGUCUCCAUUUAUGACGUCCAUUCUGCGGAGGAGCUAUUAAAGUUGACCCGUACUCAGGUUACCUUUAAAGGUAUAUCUUGCAAGGAAUUGAAGGAUGGUUGGCUCCAGUGUUUUGAUGUGAUAGAUGAAUUGGAGAAGAAGCAUAGGAUCCUUGUUUCUCGGACCAAGAAGGACAAUUCUCCAAGAUUUGUGUGGUACAACUUUGGAGGUGCUUUAGGACAUAUUGAAGAAGAUUUUGUAAAGAUGUGGCAGAAUUGUAAGUUGCCACAACGAUCAGAAUUACCAAGGAAGUUGCAAGAUUUAGGAUUGAAACCUGCGAGUGUGGAUCCUGCUACUGUGAAGAAGCAAGGAUCCACUAGAGUCGAGGUUAAAAAGCGGAAACAAAGAAAGGGAAAGAUUACCAACACUCAUAUGGCUGGCAUCUUAAAAGACUAUUCCGACAGAGUUUGA